UCUCCCUCACGCCAUGCCACUUCUCCCGUAGAGCCGAGAGUGUCAAAUCGCAGACUGGCCCGAACACAAGGCGGUCUGCAAGAAACCGCAGAUGUUAGACAUUGGUGCAUGGCUAGAGGUACGCAAACCGCGCAGUCUCGGGUUCGCAACGCUGACAGCUGACAGCAGAAACACGCCUGGCUUUUCCGCUGGGCAGCAUACCGACUUCUCUGCACGGAGGGCAUGAACCUGACCCAUGCGCUUUUCGUGGAAGUGACACGUGCGGACCGCCUCGUGGGGCCAACGCCGUAGUCCUUCCUCGUUGAUACGGUGUGCCCCGUGACACAUGGGCUCGCUGAGCAGCACUGGAACUGCGGCAUGCCCUUUUUCAGUGCCUCCGACCGCGAGAAGUGUAGCGCGAUUCAGGCGCGCGGUGGGCAGGGCCUUGCGCUCCUUGGUUUCCGCGUCCCAGGCCCGAGGGGCACGAGCAUGUUCUGGUUCCAGCGCUUCGAGAUCGAAGAGCGUGUGCCUGCGGCGUGCGACAUCGCCUUCGAAGAGGUGUGCAAGCUCGUGAAAAUGGUCGCGAACUGUGAGUUGCCGGAGCAGGUGGUACGCCAGUACAUCUCAGCAAAAGCUCUGCGCAACUCGGUAGCCUUGGAGAACUUUGAAAAGAUCAAUAUUCUCGAGAUGCCACCUCUCAGAUCAAAUGCGAUCAGGUCCAAGCGUAAGCGCAAGCGGAUAAGCAAAAAUUAAAAGGGAUCCUCGCAUCUUGGAUAUGUGCAUGUGUUCACGAAUUUUGUGGCAGGGAGCGUGUUUUGAGACCUAUGUUCAUCGACUACGCCUAUGUCUCUUCAAUGUUCGAUUGAGGAUGUCGGCAAAGGUGCAGGCCGGCGCGAUCUUUUGUCAACCAGGACUAAGUAGUGACUCUGUAUAGUGAGCCCAGCAGCUGAGACAAUCAAUUUGUUGAAUUGAAACGCGCGACUUGGA